UGUAAGAAAAGGGGUCAAAUUUAUUAAUAAUACCAGAAACACAACGUCGCUUUGAUUUCAUCACAAAUUCAAAUAAGAAAUAUGUGCUCUUUGAAGGCGUAAUUGCUCUGUAACCUAAUCAUCGGCGUUCUAACCUCAAAAGUUUCCGGCUUUGUUGAAACUUUGCAGAUUAUUUUCAUUUGGAUAUUUCCUAAAUGAGUGAUACAUCCACGUCGAUAUCAGCAUUUGCCGCGUAUUCGAAAAUGCGUCAAACACCGGAGAGCCCGUUCUCAUCGAAACCGGCUAAAAAGCGUCACAGUUCCGCCGCACUUUCGAGUAAAAAGAAGCCGAGGAAACGUUCGGCGUCUGUGGGUGACUUGACGCCAAAUGAAAAAGGAAAAAAGACGCAAAAAAUGUCCCGACUUUUGAAAGAAAAAAGUAUGAAAACUGCAACAGGCGUGUCAAAGAAAUCGUCAAGCAAUUCAAAAUCAACGGUGAAGAGAUUGUCUAAUGGAAUUGAUAAAUCAUCAUCGAAAUCAGCAACACCUAAUAAUAGAAGGUCCGUUGCGGGAAAAUCAAAAGCGGCAUUCCAACUGGCCGUUGCCGAGAGUGAAGUUAGCCCCAAAUUAAGAAAUAAAACUCUCAGAUCUAGUGGUGACAAAACAGAACUAAAGGCUGUUGUAAAAAAAGUUACCUCACCUUUAAAUUCUGCACCGAAGAAGAAAGCAAGCAAAAAAUCUCCCGGCAAUGUCGCGAAGUCAAAGCCGGAAUCGGAUUCCGAAAAAGCUAUGAGUGAUGUUGAUGAAUCAGAAUUACAGGAUAAAGAGGAAACACCAUCCGGUUCGAUCGAUGACGGAAAAAAGCUGUUUGAAUGGCUCAUUUCUCCACUUCAGUUGGAUGCUUUUUACAAAACAAGCUGGGAGCUUGCCCCACUAUACAUAAAGAGAAACACCUCGAGCUAUUACAAACAUCUUAUUUCCACACCCUUAAUAGAUUCAAUCUUGCGAAAUUACUACAUGCAAUUCACCAAGAAUGUCGAUGUGACUUCAUACACGGAUGGCAAAAGAGAAACACACAAUCCUGUUGGUCGUGCAUUGCCAAGUGUUGUCUGGGAUUAUUAUGCGAACGGUUGUUCGGUCAGGCUGUUGAAUCCCCAAACUUUUAUACCCAAAUUACAUGUAUUGAAUGCCACCCUCCAGGAAUAUUUUGGAUGUUUUGUUGGGGCAAACGCUUAUUUGACACCACCGAAUACUCAGGGAUUUGCACCGCAUUACGAUGAUAUCGAAGCGUUUAUACUGCAAGUAGAGGGUAAAAAGAGAUGGCGUCUAUACAAACCGAGGAGCGAUGAUGAAUAUUUACCAAGAUUGUCCUCUGAUGAUUUCGAUCAAUCAGAAAUUGGAGAACCGAUAAUGGAUAUAGUUUUGGAAACUGGUGACUUGCUGUAUUUUCCAAGAGGUACUAUACAUCAGGGUGAAACUAUCGAUGACACUCAUAGUUUACACGUAACCUUGAGUGUCUAUCAGAGGAAUAGCUGGGGCGACUUUUUCGACAAGCUUGUCCCAGUGACGUUGGAAAAAGCUAUUGCAUCAGAUGUUGAAUUCCGCGAAGGUUUGCCACUGGAUUAUCUUCAGCACGUAGGUUUGGCGCAUGCGGAUACGGACACUAUUGACAGGACUAAGUUUAUACGAAGAACACAGUACCUCUUAUCUAAACUAGUCCAAUACAUAGACGUUGACAGAGCUGCUGACGAAAUGGCUAAGAAGCAUAUCCACGAUUUUCUACCGCCAGUGCUAACAGAAGAAGAAAAAGCAUGUUCGAUAUACGAGGACGGGGAGAGAAUGACAAAGGGUGGUAUCGUAGUGAACAGAAUUGAGGUAGAACCAGAUACAAAAAUAAGAUUGGCCCGAGCAUAUUGCAUAAGAUUGCUGCGAGAAGAGGACGGACUCAAAGUUUAUUAUUCUACCGAGAAUUCGAAAGAAUAUCGCGAGUUGGAUCCACAGUUCUUGGAGGUAUCGCAGGAACACGCUCCCGCUAUAGAAGAAAUCAUUCGACAGUAUCCAAAUUAUAUCAAAGUCGAGGAUUUACCUCUGGACGAGGAAGACAGCAAGAUCCAGGUGGUGAGGGAUCUUUGGGAGAGAGGUAUUCUCGUCACGGACCAACCAUUGCCUAUCGUGGAAUAAUUUACGAGGGAGUGAUUUCACCUCCCGUGCAAAAUAAGAGUAAUCAGUGACUUUGACGGCAAACUUGUGAAAUAAAGCAUAAACGUGCAUUUAAUUUCUUAAAAUAAAAGAAAUAAACUUGUAUUGACAAAUCUUAUAACCGACGGUGAUUGGUCUGGGUUGAACAAUAAACUUUGAAUUUUCCGUGCAAUACAAGCACACCGUUCACUUGGAAAAGUAAAUUUUACUUCCAUUCGAAAAAUUUGUUAUAUUUCGGAAUGUAAUGUUCACCGAUCCGUAAAGAGACAAUCGGGUCCCGAUAGGCUAUAGAGCGUCUUGUGUAUUGAAAAGUAUAUUAUCUACGUAGAAAAUAGUUUUCUUCACAAUACUGUGUUUUUUACUUUUUCAAUUCAGACUAUCGAUAGAUUAUUAACUUUUAAUCACGGAACGUCUGAGAAGAAACCGAAAUACUUUUGGUAUUCUUCCACAGAAUAGAGAUAUUUGAGUUUAUUUUAUUACUAAAGAUAUGGGUACGGCCAAUUGAUAUAUUAUUGAAAUAGCAAGGGAUAAUAUUGAGAACUAUUGAAAUAUCGUCUCGGAUGAUAUGACCGUAUGAAUAAUUUUCUAUCCGUACAGUACUAUCCGUAACUGUUUCAAUACAAUACAAAACUAUCACUGUAUAAUCAGUUAUAUAAAUAAAAAUUUGUGUAUACA